AUGAACCGUCAAACUUACAGCAUGAGAGCUGGAGGGGGAGGCAAAAGCUUCAGCGUGGCCUCCGCUAUUAUUCCAAGCAGCAGCCGGGCUAGCUUUAGUUCCAUGUCUAUGGCACGAUCCGGAGGAGGUGGCGGUGGUGUUGGAAGGCUCAUUGGAGGAGGUGGCGGCGGCGGUGGCAUUGGUUUCGGCAGCAGGAGUCUCUACAACCUUGGUGGUACCAAGAGGAUUUCCAUUGGUGUUGGCAGCAGCUACCGGGCUGCUUUUGGAGGUGGAGCUGGUGGCGGCUCUGGCCUGGGAAGUGGACUUGGACUUGCUCUUGGUGGUGGAGGUGGUGCUGGUGGUGGUGCUGGUGGAGGAUAUGGCUUUGGUGGAAGUGCUUAUGGGCUUGGUUUCGGUGGCGGACAUGGAGCUGGUGGAGGCUUUGGCUUUGGUGGAGUAGGUGGCCUGGGAGGAUUUGGCGGAGGGCUGGGUGGUGGCAGAAGUCCAUCAGGAUUUGGCGUUGGCCCACCUGGAGUCGGUACAAUCCAAGAAGUGACCAUCAACGAGACUCUCCUGGCACCUUUGAACCUGGAGAUUGACCCAAACAUCCAGCAGGUGCGAAAAGAUGAGAAGGAGCAAAUCAAGACCCUCAACAACAAAUUUGCUUCUUUCAUCGACAAGGUUCGCUUCCUGGAGCAGCAGAACAAGGUGCUUGAGACCAAAUGGACCCUCCUGCAGGAGCAGGGGCAGAAAAACAACACGGGCAAAAGCAACAUGGACCCGCUCUUUGAGGCCUACAUCAACAACCUGAAACGGCAACUGGCCAGCCUGCUCAAUGAGCGGGGCCGCAUGGAUGGGGAGCUGAAAAACAUGCAGGACCUCGUUGAGGAUUUCAAGAACAAAUACGAAGAGGAAAUCAACCGUCGCACAGCAGCAGAGAAUGAAUUUGUGGUCCUUAAAAAGGAUGUGGAUGCUGCCUACAUGACGAAGGUGGAGCUUGAGGCCAAGGUGGAUGCCCUGACCGAUGAACUCAACUUCCUACGAGCUCUCUACGACGCGGAGCUGGCUCAGCUCAGUGCGCAGGUGUCCGACACUGCUGUCAUUCUGUCAAUGGACAACAACCGGGACCUGGACCUCAGCAGCAUCAUAGCUGAAGUCAAAGCUCAGUAUGAAGACAUUGCUAACAGGAGCCGGGCAGAGGCUGAGGCUUGGUACCAAACCAAGUUUGAAGAGCUGCAGGCCACUGCUGGGAAGCACGGAGACGACUUGCGCAACACAAAGGGGGAAAUCUCCGAGCUCAACCGGCUGAUCCAGAGAAUUCGGUCAGAGAUAGAGAACGCGAGGAACCAGUGUGCCACCCUGCAGACGGCCAUCGGAGACUCCGAGGAGCGCGGCGAGCUCGCCCUCAAGGACGCCAAGGCAAAGAUGGCCGAGUUGGAAGAUGCCCUGCAGAAGGCCAAGGCCGACAUGGCCCGGCAGCUCCGCGAGUACCAGGAGCUCAUGAACGUCAAGCUGGCCCUGGACAUCGAGAUCGCGACCUACAGGAAGCUGCUGGAGGGAGAGGAGAGCAGGCUCAGCGGGGAGGGACUGAACCCCAUCAGCUACUCUGUGAUCAGCUCCAGCUCGAGUCUGGCUGGCGGAGGAGGAGGAUUUGGUGGACUGAGCCUAAGCGGAGGAGGCGGUGGAAGCGGUUUUGGUCUUGGAGGAGGAGGUGGAAGCAGUUUUGGUCUUGGAGGAGGCAGUGGAAGUGGUUUUGGUCUUGGAGGAGGCGGCGGUGGAGGCUACAGCUUUGGAAGUGGAGGAGGACAUGGUCUUGGAGGUGGCUAUGGAGGAGGAAGCGGUCUUGGCCUGGGAGGAGGCAGCAGUCUGGGCAUCGCAAGUGGUCACAGCUUCGGAGGAGGCGGCGGCGGCAGCGGCUUGAGCACCAGCGGAGGAAACUUCAGCUCUGGAAGCGCAAAAGGCACCAACCCCGGUGUGAAAAUCGUCUCCAAAACUUCCUCCAGCAAAAAGAGCAUCAAAAGCCAAAGCCUGAAGAACGCCGUGCAGCCUGAAUAA